UUGUGACUGUAAGUCACAAGGCAAAGCACUAAGCUGUGUGUAGUCACAGAGGGAACACAGAACCUAAAAGUGUGAAGGGACAGAGGGGAAAGUGGCAAGGAAAGCCUGGAGCCCGUGGAAGAGGGGGGAGACAGGUGGGAGCAGAGGUCCCCAGGAUCAUGGCUGAGGCCAUCACCUACGCAGACCUGCGGUUUGUGAAGGCUCCCCUGAAGAAGAGCGUCUCCAGCCGGCUAGGACAGGACCCAGAGGCUGAUGAAGACGGAGAACUCACCUAUGAGAAUGUUCAAGUGCCCCCAGGCCCAGGGGGGCCCUUGAUCUUGGCUCCUUCUGGAUUAGGGAACAACACAGGGGCGCAGACUGAGCAGCCAACGGCCGCCUGGAGCUCCGCGACGUCACCAGCUGCCAGGCGGAUUCUCCCGCGCUGCGCGCGGUACUUCCUUCUGGGCCUGCUCCUCACCUGCCUGCUGUUAGGGGUGGCCGCCAUCUGCCUGGGAAUGCGCUAUCUGCAGGUGUCUCGGCAGCUCCAGCAGAUGAGCAGGGUUCUGGAAGCCACUAACAGCACCCUGAGGCAGCAGCUGCGCCUAAAGAUAACCCAGCUGGGGCAGAGGGAAGAAGAUUUGCAGGGGUCCAGGAAGGAGCUGGCCCAAAGUAAGGAAACACUACAAAUGGAACAGAAGAUUUGCCAGACUACCAGAGAGGAGUUGCAGGCCUGCCAGUUGGACAGGGAGACGACAGAUGAAGCCUUGAAAAACAAGGAGGUACAGAGGAUAAACUUGGAGCGGAGGCUGAGAAGUAUGCAGGACACACUGAAGCCCUUCUUUACAUGCUCCUCACCAGAUACCUGCUGUCCUGUGGGAUGGAUACUGAACGAGAGGAGUUGCUUUUACAUCUCAGUUGAUGAGAGAAGUUGGGAGGAGAGCCAGAGCCAUUGUAAAUCUCUGUCCUCUAACCUGGCCAAAAUGACUGACAUUCUUUAUUCAUAUGGACAUUAUCUUCGUUAUUAUUAUCCCGGAACUAAAGUGUUGACACACAGGAAUUCACUUGAAUCAUACUGGAUUGGCCUCAGAUAUCAAAAUAACUUCUGGAAGUGGACUGAUGGUACCAGAUACACUACGUUUUUUGUUCGAGGCCCAGGAUGUGUCAAGGUGGAAAGCAAGACACAUCAUAUGGAGAAAGAGGACUGUCAUGCUUCUCUUCCCUCCCUUUGUGAGAUGGCAGCUUUCAAGCAUCCAGAUGAGGACUACUCUGGAUACUGACAUCAACAGAGCCUGUGCCCUUCAUUCCCCAACAUGCAGCCUGUAGGUCUCAAGAUCCAUCUCCCUCCAGUGUUUCCUCACUCUGCCUGGACAGUGGCUGGCCAAGGGCUGAUCCAUGCCCACCAUUUCUAGGCAAGCCUGUUGCCUGCUGGAGAUCUGUCCCCAAAACUGGACUCUUCCUGGGGAAAGGUGAAGAAACUUCCAGAAGAGACUUUGGCUUCCUAUGAAACCUCCCAUAGUGGGAUGGGUGGGGAGGGCGCACGGGCUGAGCGGAUAGGGGCAGCCCGGAGCCAGCCAGGCAGUUUUAUUGAAAUAUUUUUAAAUAA